ACUUAACUUACUUUUUUCUUUGUUUAAGAAAAAUAGUCAUUUCACUAUUAAGCCAAAAUUGGCCAAAACCCUGAAAACUGGAAAACCCUCAGAACUUCAGCUAAACCACUGUUCAUCAUCCGCAUUCCGCACCAAAACACCGUCCCAAACACAGUCUCUCAUAGCUUCAACAAUGCUCGCAAUCUUCAAGAAAUCGAACCCAAACCCUAACUAUCCCUGGGUUUUUCUCACAAGAACUUACUCUACAGGUUCGUACCCGAGGCAUAACCUCUAUUCCCGAAUUAGCCCCCUCGGGAACCCUAAUUUCAGUAUGGUUCCGGUCCUCGAUCAAUGGGUUCACGAGGGUGAAAAGGUCAGAGAAUCCAAUCUUCGGAGCAUCAUUCGCGAUCUCCGCGGCCGCAAGCGGUACUCUCACGCACUCGAGAUUUCUGAGUGGAUGAGUAGUAAAGGUCUCUGCCCAUUUUCACCAGGUGACCGUGCCGUGCAGCUGGAUUUAAUUGGUAGGGUCCGUGGGUCCAAUGCAGCAGAGAGCUACUUUGAUAUGUUGAAUGAACAUGAAAAAAUCGGCAACAUGUACGGCGCUCUCUUGAACUGUUACGUAAGAGAAGGCCUCGUUGAUAAGUCCACUUCCCAUAUGCAAAAGAUGAAGGAAAUGGGUUUUGGUUCUGCUCUCAAUUACAAUGAUAUCAUGUGCCUCUUUACCCACACUGGCCAACUUGAAAAAAUCCCCGAUGUGCUCUCAGACAUGAAGAAUGAUGGCGUCUCUCCUGAUAUCUUCAGCUAUAGAAUUUGCAUUAACUCUUAUGGGGCCAGAUCUGAUCUUAAAAAUAUGGAGAAGCUUCUGAAAGAAAUGGAAAAUCAACCUCACAUUUCCAUAGACUGGAUUACUUAUUCCACUGUGGCCAAUAUAUACAUAAAAGCCGGUAGCAAAGAGAAAGCACUUAUUUAUUUGAAGAAACUAGAAGCGCAGCUACAAAAAGACCCGCGUGGGUACAAUCACCUGAUCUCAUUCUAUGCAAGCCUUGGAAAUAAAGGUGAGGUAAGGAGAUUGUGGGGCCUCCAAAAAGGGGCUUGUAAGAAGCAAAUAAACCGUGACUAUGUAACCAUGUUGGGUUCUCUUGUGAAACUUGGUGAGCUUGAAGAAGCUAGGGUGUUGCUUCAAGAGUGGGAAUCAUCUUGCCAGUUUUACGAUUUCCGUGUUCCCAAUGUUCUCCUUAUUGGCUACUGUCAAAAGGGUUUGAUUGAGAAAGCUGAGGGGUUGCUUCAGGAGAUUAUGGAGAGAGGGAAGACUCCGAUACCUAAUAGCUGGGCAAUCAUUGCUGCUGCAUAUUCAGAUAAGGGCAAUAUGGAGAAGACGUUUGAGUGCAUGAAGAAUGCCUUGGAAGUAAAGGAGGAGAACCCAGGUUGGAGGCCUAAGCCUUUACUAAUUUCAAGCAUAUUGAGUUGGCUUAACGAUAGAGGAGAAGUUGAAGAAGCAGAAGCUUUUGUUGGUUCGUUGAAAACAGUGGCUGGAAUUGACACAAAUAUGCUAGGCCUUGAAUGAAGGUGUGGGAGAAGUUCGUGGAGAAUGAAGAGAUGAGAAAAUAGAUGAUCAAAAUUGAGAAGCCUGACUACAUGAGAGUUCUGGAGAUUUCAUGGAGAAUGAAGGGAUGAGAAAAUAUAUUCUCACAAUUCCAAAGCCAGAAUACAUGAGAAUUGGUCCAAGCAGAUUGAGUUGCUUAUUGGUAAAAGGGAGGUGGUACUGGAGUUUUUUUCCCCCUCUUAACUUGAUAGGAAUUAGUUUCUCUCUUAGGAGACAUUGUUUAUUUUCUAUAUGGUUAUAUGAGGAUUAAGAUUACUGUAGUUUUCUGGUUCUUGUGAAACUAAAUUAUGUAGUUUAUUGGAUGGUGUGAAGAACACUUCCGAAAAUUUACUCGAAAAACUUGUUGAUAUCCGAAGCGUGUCCUGGUAAUUUCUUUGUGCCAAAA